AUGCUCGCUGAAGUGGAUAUGGAGCCGCAGGCCACAGGCGAAGAGAGAGAAGACGCAGAUGCGGGAGGUGAGCCGCACCUGCCGGCCCGCAGGUGCGGAGUCUGGGUUGCAGGUGCAGAUAAGGGGGCUUUAGUAAAAAACCGUGGAAGCGGUAGCGCAGAAGCGGAAAUAGACCGCAGGUACGAAAAGCCUGGAUCAGAAAGAUUUGCUAUUCGAGGAGUUACUGCCGAGGCAGUUGCGGCUUCACGUGCCUCUUCGGGAACCCGUAUCUCCUUAGAAAGGGCUCAAGAAAUAGUCUUGGGUUCUUCGUCGAAGAGAAAAGCUGUUGAAGAAGAAGAUUCCGAAGAAGAGGAAGAUGGGAGCUCUUUGGUGACAAGGCCUCGAGCUCGAAGACGCAUAAUUUCCGAUGACGAAGCAAAGGCAUCUCCCCGUCAUUCCGUUCCUCUUUCUAAGUCCAUUGAAGCCCCGGUGGUAAUUCCUGACGGCGACGUUGACCCUGGUGAUACUCGUGAGUCCAUUGAACAGCUUUUUAUUAGCGGUUUUGAUAGUGAAAGUUUAGGGCCAGUUUUAGAUGAAACACCCCUAGCCUCUUUUUCAACUCCCGUGCCUGUGAUUCCUUCGUUGCCACCCCCAGCUGUUACUUUUCAUUCCUCAACUGUUCUUACCUCGACUGUUCUUACCUCUUCUACCACUCCUCCUUUGACAAUUCCACCUCCAAUCGUUCAUCAUACUGAUGUAGGUUCUUCAAGUAAAAGUGUCGCUAUGAGUAGGGUGGUUAUUGAAGUUCCUGCUGAGAGCAGCCUUUUGAGGAAAUCAGGUCAGGCAGAUGUAUGGCUGGAGCCUUUGAUUGGCCUAAUUGAAAAAGCAAAGAUGGAGAGCCAUAGUUCCUUGACUCUGAUGAACGAUAUUGAGCAGUUCGAGAGUUUACAAAUUAAUGUAGAAUUCUUACAAGAAAGCAAGAGUACCUUAGAGCAGCAGGUGCGAGCUUUAACCUCAGAAUUAGCAGUUCCAAAAGCUUCCUCAAGCCAAACAGAAAAAGAAAAAGAGCGCCUCGAGUCUUCCUUCUCAGAACAACUAUCCAAAGCCAGUGAAGAGAUCAGAGAGUUGAAGGUUCUAUUGAGUCAAAAAGAGACUUACUCUUGGGAGCUCGUGCAAAGCUUAACUCAAGCACAAGAAGACCUUCGAGUCUCUUCUGAUAAGGUGCGUGCUUUAGAAAGCUCCCAUGCCUCUCUUCAAAUUUCUUACAACUCUGCCCUGACUGAAAAUGAGGAGCUAAAGAAUGAGAUUGCUUAUUGGGAAAGGGAUUAUGAGACCCUUGAAGAGAAAUCUGCUAUUGAGGCAAGCUGGGCGUUUCUGAACUCACGCCGUGAUACCCUGAUUGAAGUUGGCCAAGAAAAUUUCAACUUAGAAUCUGAGUUGGCUAAGAUCAAUGAAACCAUUGAGAAGGCUCAGCAAACUCAAGAUUUUCCUUCUCCUGUGGUCGAAGCUUCCGUGAAUGUUGAAGUUAAUAUGGGUAUCUCAACUCUUCCAAGCCCUAUCGAGCCUAUUGCUGUGAGUCAAGAUCAACCCGCAACUGUUGAUGCACCUGCCCAAGUUGAGCCUAAAAAGAAAAACGAGCAUCUCGAGUCUUCCUCUCAGAAACUAUCCAAGGCCAGUGAAGAGAUCAGAGAGUUGAAGGUUCUCUUGAGUCAAAAAGAGACUUACUCUGGGGAGCUCGUGCAAAGCUUAACUCAAGCACAAGAAGACCUUCGAGUCUCUUCUGAUAAGGUGCGUGCUUUAGAAAGCUCCCAUGCCUCUCUUCAAAUUUCUUACAACUCUGCCCUGGCUGAAAAUGAGGAGCUAAAUAAUGAGAUUGCUGAUUGGGAAAGGGAUUAUGAGACCCUUGAAGAGAAAUGUGCUAUUGAGGCAAGCUGGGCGUUUCUGAACUCACGCCGUGAUACCCUGAUUGAAGCUGGCCAAGAAAAUUCCAACUUAGAGUCUGAGUUGGCUAAGAUUAAUGAAACCAUUGAGAAGGCUCAGCAAACUCAAGAUUUUCCUUCUCCUGUGGCCGAAGCUUCCGUGAAUGUUGAAGUUGAUAUGGGUAUCUCAACUCUUCCAAGCCCUAUCGAGCCUAUUGCUGUGAGUCAAGAUCAACCCGCAACUGUUAAUGCACCUGCCCAAGUUGAGCCCGUUGCCGUUGAUGCGCCUUCUUCAGUUCCCUCAUCUUCUUAG